AUUGGAAGGUUCUGUGAGCCUGUGAGCCUGUUGAGCCAGGGGUUUUCCUGUUCUGAGCUGCUGAAAAGUGUCUAUGUGGUUUUGUGGCCCCAGACAUGCUCUGCCCUCCAAUGUGGUGCUGUAAUUUGGUGUUUCUCAAAAGCAAAUUUCUAACUGAUCAAAGGAGGAGUGAAAUGAAAAGAAUGGUGGAUGAGAAGAGGUUAUUGUGAUUGCUGUGUAGGUGAAGACCACAUUAUUAUUACUCUCACAAAUUGCUCUGUGUCACGUUUUCAACAGCAGAAGGUCAAGUUGUGCCCAGGGAUGGAAGUGAGAGAACAAAUACAAACAACAAAAGCAAAGAGGUCUGAAUGUCUAUAAAAUGGUGUGUUUGAGCUCCUUGUUCUGCAGCAGGUGUGCCAGUGCUGCUGUGAAAGUGUUUCCAUGUGGAGAUUCCAAGGUGUAGCUCCUGGGUGUGGGUGUGCUGGGUGUGAGAGGCAGCAGGGUCAGGGGGUGCAGAGAUGCAUGAUCCCAGACACACUCCUGUGGAUGUGACCCUCUGCUGCUCAGGCAGGCUCCAGGGCCAAAUCUUUAUGAAGACAAUGACAGAUUUCCCCCAUUAUCUUUAAUAAUGUCUGCUUCAAACUGUUGGAGGCUUCUUGGAGCCAUGUGGAAAUGUGUUUGCACUACUGUGCAGUCCUGGACCUUACAGCUUUCCCAGCAGCUGGGUGGUGAGAGGGCAUGAGGUGCUGAUGCCCCAGUGAGCUGCACACACUCUAUUUGCAGCCCCUACUACAGCAAACUCUGCCUUUGGUUAAUGUGGUGAUACCUCAGAGCUGCCUCACCACAGCUUCUCUGUGCUCUCGAAAGAAAAGAGCAAUACAACUGCUGCCUUCUGCCCCGGAUUGCACUGUAGAUGGCACUGUGAAACUAAGAUUUGGGUAACAAAGAUGUAUUUUACAGCACCUUUCCAGACGUUAAUUGCAGUGUAAUGUGGCUUUCUUUCUAGGUCCCCGAAGUGAAGGAAGAAAUUCUGAGAUGCAGAAAGGCUUAUUUGUUGCCGCAAAUGGGAAUCUGGAAUAACUAUGAAAAACACACUGAAAUAAUUGUGUUUGACUGGAACAAAAUUCUUGCAAAGUCCCCAAGGAUGAGAUUCUGUGCCAAAUCAAUGCUUCUGUCUGACUGGCUCUUUCUGGUCUAUGUGUUAAUGGUCUGCUGUAAAUUGUUGUCCGCCUCUAGUCACCAUCCCCGGGGGCACACAGGCCAGCACCAAGUGAAGCAGGGGACGUGUGAAGUGGUGGCCGUGCACCGGUGCUGCAACAAGAACCGGAUCGAGGAGCGAUCCCAGACGGUGAAGUGCUCCUGCUUCCCGGGACAGGUGGCCGGCACCACCCGGGCUCAGCCCUCCUGCGUGGAAGCUUCCAUUGUCCUGCAGAAGUGGUGGUGUCAUAUGAACCCCUGUUUGGAUGGAGAGGACUGUAAAGUACUACCAGACUAUUCAGGUAACACGGUAGCAAAGGCUAAACCUGAGGGUCACUCCCAGAACUAUGGCAUGUGGAACUGUUCCUUGGCUCUUACACAGAGACCCCUUUUUGACAUGAUGUUAUUGACUUAAUCCUUUGAACUUGCAAAGGAGCUGGGAAAAAGGACAGCACUUCUCCUUCCAACUGCGGCUGCAGUUCCUGAACCUGGAUUUUGCUAUUCCGUGGUACAUGAUAAUUUCACAAGGAAAAACAAGGAGAUUUGGUUCUACCUGAAAUGCACCUUGGAUUCCCAAGGAUCUGAGACCUGGCUGAAAAGUGUGGAAGAACACACCUGAGCUUCUUGUGGUGCACCAGGGAUAAGACUUUCUUAAUGACACAAAGAUAUGUAAAAUUGUUCUAAAUGAGUUUAGGCCAUGAAUGUAAUUUAGGGGAUCAUAGAAAGAAAAUGCUAAUGUUAGAACUAGUAAAGAUGAUCUCUAAGGUCUUUUCAACCUAUAUGAUUCUAUGGAUUUGUCUGAGGUGUUUCUUGCAUACAGUACAACAUAAAAAUACAAAACUGAUCCCAGUGAAUUGAUGGGACUGUGUUAGUAAAUUAUGUCUUAAUGUAUUUUCAACUGUAAUUUAGUACCUAUCAAGGUGGUAUGAAGGUGAGAAGAUGGAACUUAUAGAAUUAGUAGCAAUUAUUGUAGGGCAAACUUUGGUUAUGGCUGUGCAAUUAGAUUUAUUUCCUUAGAUAGUUCGAGGUAGUUUAACCUUUACAUUCAUAAGUGAUGGCAGGAAAGCAUGAGGAAGAGAUAAAAUUUGAAAGCAGGCAUAGUUUUUCUUGUCCUAAAAUAAAUCCAUUCUCUAGGGG